AUGUCUCUUCCCCUACGUACGCUGGGCCGAGAUGGGCCCUCCGUCUCUGCCAUCGGUCUUGGUUUUGGGAGCAUUGGCGGAUUCUACGGACCAGCUGGUACCCUUGAUGAGAAAGUGGCCCUUUUGGAGCACGCACAUGCCGCCGGAUUGCGCUUUUGGGACAUGGCCGACAUCUACGGUGGCAGCGAGGACGUUGUGAGGGAAUGGAUCAAACGAUCCGGCAAGCGCAAUGACGUCUUCCUGACCACCAAGUUCGGGCUCCAGCGACAGCCUAAUGGAAGCCAUACUUUCCGGUCCGAUCCCGAGGCGGACGGAGUCACGCCGAUUGAAAAGACGAUUGAAGCCAUGGUGGAGCUGAAGAACCAAGGCAAAAUUCGCUGUCUGGGUCUAUCGGACGUCUCAGCAGCCACGUUACGGCGCGCGCAUGCCGUGCACCCUAUUACCGCCUUGCAGGUGGAAUAUAGCCUGUUUGCACUAGAUAUUGACUCACCAGCGUCAGAGAUCCUCAAGACCUGCCGCGAACUCGGCGUGGCUAUCGUUGCUUUUAGCCCAAUUGGACGGGGUAUACUGACAGGCCAAUUCCAAUCUCGCGCAGAUAUCCCCGAAGGCGACUUGCGCCGCAUGUACCCCAAAUACGCGGAGGAAAACUUCCCGGAAAUCUUAAAACUGAUCACUCCGGCAAAGGUCGCCCUUGCGUGGUUGCUGGCGACUGGACCGGAUAUCGUCCCUAUUCCUGGUACGAAAUCGGCCGCCAGGAUGGACGAAAAUGCGGCGGCUGCACUGCUGCAGUUGAGCGACCAAGAAGUGCAGGAGAUUAGGACCCUGGCGGAGAAGGUAGAGAUUGAAGGUACUCGGUACCCUGCCGCGGUAAUGGUGACUCUCUGCUCAGAUACGCCGCCGCUGGAAGAAUAA